CGGGACUCGGAGCCCAGUCGGGGCCGCGGUGGGGAGGGGGCGGCCGCCGCGGCACCGGGCUGGGCUGGGCUGAGCCGAGCGCCAGCGCUGCCCGCGCAGGGUCCAGAACCCGAGCCCGAGAAGUGAUCGCCACCGCCAUGCGCUGGGUCCGCGCGCUGCUGAAGAAUGCGUCCCUGGCAGGGGCACCCAAAUACAUCGAGCACUUCAGCAAGUUCUCCCCAUCCCCGCUGUCCAUGAAGCAGUUUCUGGACUUCGGGUCCAGCAAUGCCUGUGAGAAAACCUCGUUCACUUUCCUCAGGCAGGAGCUGCCUGUGCGCCUGGCCAACAUCAUGAAGGAGAUCAACCUGCUUCCUGACCGGGUGCUGAGCACACCCUCGGUGCAGCUGGUACAGAGCUGGUACGUCCAGAGUCUCCUGGACAUCAUGGAGUUCCUGGACAAGGACCCUGAGGACCAUCGGACCCUGAGCCAGUUCACUGAUGCCCUGGUCACCAUCCGGAACCGCCACAAUGACGUGGUGCCCACAAUGGCUCAGGGCGUGCUGGAGUACAAGGACACCUAUGGCGACGACCCCGUCUCCAACCAGAACAUCCAGUACUUCCUGGACCGCUUCUACCUCAGCCGCAUCUCCAUCCGCAUGCUCAUCAACCAGCACACCCUGCUCUUUGACGGCAGAACCAACCCUGCCCACCCCAAACACAUCGGCAGCAUCGACCCCAACUGCAAUGUCUCUGAGGUGGUGAAGGAUGCCUACGACAUGGCCAAGCUCCUGUGUGACAAGUAUUACAUGGCCUCUCCUGACCUGGAGAUCCAGGAGAUCAAUGCAUCCAACUCCAAACAGCCAAUUCACAUGGUCUACGUCCCCUCCCACCUCUACCACAUGCUUUUUGAACUCUUCAAGAAUGCCAUGCGGGCAACUGUGGAAAGCCACGAAUCCAGCGUCACUCUUCCAUCUAUCAAGGUCAUGGUGGCCUUGGGCGAGGAAGAUCUUUCCAUCAAAAUGAGUGACCGAGGUGGAGGUGUUCCCUUGAGGAAGAUUGAGCGGCUCUUCAGCUACAUGUACUCCACAGCCCCCACGCCCCAGCCCGGCACCGGGGGAACCCCACUGGCUGGCUUCGGGUAUGGGCUCCCCAUUUCCCGCCUCUAUGCCAAGUACUUCCAGGGAGACCUGCAGCUCUUCUCCAUGGAGGGCUUUGGGACCGACGCUGUCAUCUAUCUCAAGACUGAGAAUCCGAGCAGAGCUAUAGUUCCCCAGCCACCAGGCACUCCUAAGUUGGCAGGCAGUUUCAGUGAGUCUGGCCCUGUCCACGGACUCAGUGGAGCGCCUGCCUGUCUACAACAAGUCAGCCUGGCGCCACUACCAGACCAUCCAGGAGGCCGGCGAUUGGUGUGUGCCCAGCACGGAGCCCAAGAACACGUCCACGUACCGUGCCAGCUAGGAGCUACCCAACUCGCCUACACCCAGGAGAAUGGACUGCUGUCGCUGGGUCCGGCCACUGUGGUGACCCUCCCCAUUCCCCGCCCCCCCAGGUGCAGGAGGCUCUCCCUGUUGACCAGCUUCUGUCUCCUUGGAAAUCACUGCAGUGAGCAGUCUGUGGUGGCCCCUAAGUGCCAAUCUCUGUCUCCAUGGAGACCCCUUGGUGGCCUCCCUGGGUCCAGUCUCUGUGGGCAACGCCUGAGGGUUGGAGGGUGUCUCCAUCCUGAUGGGGUGUUCCAGAGACACGUUUCCAUGGCAGUCUUCCUCUCUGAGCCCAGAACUGCCACUUCUCUGCCAGGGCCCCUAGGUCCCCUCUCUGCCCACCACAGCCCUGGCCUUCCAAGUGGACGCCCCUGCUUGCCUUACUGUCCUGGCCCAUGCCGGUACCCUGGCACUGGUCUGGUGGCAGUGUUGGGAAGGGGCCAGGUGCCUGCCACAUCUGGGGUAGUGGGAGGGGACCCCUGGUUGGGGAUCUGGUCCUAUAGUCUCUCCCUCCUCUCUAAGGUCAAAGGUAGGAGGGAGGGGUUUCUCACCUGGGGCUCACCCCUAAAGCCGAAUAAUCUGGGAGGACACAGAGGUCAGCCACCCAACCUCUCUUCCCUGUAGGUAACCCCAGCAAUGUUUCUGCCACCUCCCGAGCCCUUCCCCUGCAUGUCCUCAUGUGCAUACACCUACCCACCACCCACGGCCCCCCGAGCUCCAGACCCCAACUCCCACUGUGCCUGGACACGCGUGUGCUUGGGGUGGCUUUCUCCCUAGAAUGUUGUGUGUAUAUAGCUAGUUUUAUAGCCCCGAAUGCCCCUACCCUUCCCCUUAGCACACAGGGGGUUAAAGUUGUGUGCUCCUCCCAGUGGCUAUGAUGGUGACAGUGACAUCUACAGUAAAGAGAAGAUGGAAUGAGA